AUGGGUGAAGUGGUGGGUGAGCAGGGUGUGAUGCAGACGCAGGGAGAACAGAGCAAUAAUGCCUCCACUGUUCGGUGGGAACGGUUUCUGCCUCGGGUGGUGCUUCGGGUGUUGCUUGUCGAAGCUGAUGAUUCUACUCGACAGAUCAUUGCUGCUCUUCUUCGUAAAUGCAGUUACAAAGAACAACAACAACGACAAAAGGAUAAAACCCUCAAAAACUUUAUGUUCAAGAGGAUCAAGGCGACAUCAUUUGUUAGUCAGGGGAAGGAACGGUUAGAGAGGGCCUCUGGUUUUCACACCAGUUGUAGAGUUGCCACAGUUUGUGACGGCAUAAAGGCAUGGGAGACGUUGAAGAACAAAGCAUCUGACAUAGAUCUCAUAUUAACUGAAGUGGAUUUACCAUCAAUAUCUGGAUUUUCACUUCUCAGUUUAAUCAUGGAGCAUGACGUUUGCAAAAACAUUCCCGUAAUAAUGAUGUCUUCUCAUGAUUCAGUUAGCAUGGUGUUCAAGUGCAUGUUAAAAGGAGCAGCUGAUUUUCUUAUAAAGCCUGUGCGCAAGAAUGAGCUAAGAAACUUGUGGCAGCAUAUUGAACUUGGUUUUGCUGCAGAAAACCAUGCUACAACCAGUGAUUCUAGUGGUUCUGUGGCUUCUACACCAAAAAACAAUGAAUGCAGUGAGAAAACAAGUGAGGCUCAAGAUAUUUCACAGCUGAAGAGUUCUUCAAAUUUGGGCGAUAUUUACACAGUUAAGCAUGAAAACUCUACAAAAUGUGAAAGGGAAUCAGAUAAGCAUAAUGAUGAAGCUGGAGAGAAAUCAAUAUUUAUAUCAGAAGGUGAAGGGUGCAGCAAAACUUUUAAACCAACAAGCUUAUGGCCAGGUCAAGGCUAUGAUUGUGGUGAACUGAGAAAUCAAGAUGAAGUUCUAAGAAUAGAGUCGAGCAAACCCAAUCCUGAGAUUAAUGUCAAUAUUCAUGGAUGCAGUGAUGAAUUGGAAGGUCCUUCUACUGGCGCCAUUGACUUGAUUGCUACAUUCAAUAAUCUUCCAAAGAGCACUGAUAAAAAAAUUAGUUUCAGUAGUGGUAACAUUGCCAAGUUUGACUUUGAUACACAAUUGGAACUUUCUAUAAGAAGAUAUUUUCCUGGAAGUUCAUAUAAAACUGCAUUUGAGGAAAGACAGAUAUUGAACCAUUCAAAUGCUUCUGCCUUUUCUAGGUAUGGUAGUAGUAAAUUGUUGCAGCCCCUUUAUCCAACACCAUCAACUAUCCCUGCAAAAUUAACAGAUAGCCAUAUUUCUCUUAACUCCCAUUCAUUUUCUGAAAACGCAUCUACUUCUCAUCAAUAUGGUGUUAAAAAACAAAAUCAGGAGAAAAUCACCACUUCAGAUAUUGGUCAAUCUGGACAAGUUGAUCCAAAAUUACCAAACAGUCAUCUUGGAUUGUUUCCUGCUAGAGGGGUUACUUAUGACCAAAAGUCAACUGGAAAUGAAAAUCUCUUCCCUUCCAUGCUUUAUUCUCAGUCAGGUGUGCAUCAUCCGUCAUGGACACCAAAAUCAGUGUUCCAGAAAGAGAGUUCUCCAUUUAAUACAAGUAAUUCCUCCCAGUCUAAUCCUCAAAGUCACAACUCAAAACGUCAUCACUGGUCUGACGAUGCAACCCAUGCUUCUGAUAAAAAUGUAAAUAACCGAAGCAAUUUGGAUUGUGAGACACAGGGAUCUCCUGCUGCUAGGCUGAGUGCUGAUACUGGUCUUUACCAUGAAACAACAAAUCAUAAUUGUAAUGGUGUAUACAGUAGCAUAGGCUGCAAAAUUGGUGGAAAUGCUACUUCAGCUAAGGUAGCCAAGGACAACCAUGACAGUUUCAUUGAUGGGGGUCACCUGGGUUAUGAUGGACUUCUAGGGACAGAUUCUCAUCGCACCACCCAACGAGAAGCAGCUCUAACGAAGUUUCGUCUUAAGCGGAAAGACAGAUGCUAUGAGAAAAAGGUGCGAUAUCAAAGCCGUAAGAGACUGGCAGAGCAGCGUCCUCGGGUGAAAGGACAGUUUGUUCGCCAAGUUCACAGUGAUCAUCCCGUAUCAGAUCUGGGUGGUGAUUCCUGA